AUGGCUGCUUUGGAGGUGCGGAAGCUCCUGGACGCGGGCGCGGAUCCCAACGGGACCAACUCCUUCGGGAGGACCCCGCUCCAGGUACGGAGCGCCAGAGCUGGGGGUGACGGGUGGGGGGAGCUGUCCCCUGCCCCGCUGGCGGGGGAGGGCGGAGGGAUUUCGGGUUUUGAAGGAAUUUUUAUUGUUAUUACGAGAACCCGACUCCAGCGCAGCUGCCUGAAUACGAGCGGGCGCUUUUCUGAACCCUAG